AUGUUGCUCAUAAGCCGUCUGAUUGCUGCACUGGCUGUCGCCCAAGUUGCCAUUGCUUCUCUGCAGAUUGUUCCCGGAGGUACCUGGACUGCCAGUGGUACUAACCAGCACGUCCAAGCACAUGGUGGAGGAAUCAUCGAAAUCGACUCGACUUACUACUGGAUCGGCGAAAACAAGCUCAACGGGAGCGCGUUCCAGUCUAUCAACUGCUACUCCAGCAAGAAUCUGGUGGAAUGGACAUAUGUAGGAGAACUCCUCUCUCUGCAGAGUAGCGGUGAUCUAGGACCAAACCGGGUUGUCGAGCGGCCCAAGGUCAUUUACAACGCGGCCACCGGCAAAUACGUAAUGUGGAUGCAUAUCGACAACAGUUCUUAUGGUGAGGCGAAGACAGGAGUUGCGACUUCGUCGAGUGUUUGCGGGAAGUACAGUUACCUCGGGUCAUUCCGGCCUUUGGGGCAGCAGUCGCGUGAUAUGGGAUUAUUCAAGGAUGAUGAUGGGUCGGCGUAUCUACUCUCUGAGGACCGGCCGAACGGAUUGAGGAUCAACAGAUUGACCAGCGACUAUACCAAUGUGACAUCUACGACGCACCUCUUCCCAGAGCAUAUCGAGGCCCCUGCCAUGUAUAAAAAGAACGGGGUGUACUUUCUCUUUGGUUCACAGUUAACUGCGACCAACGACAACAAGUACACCACUUCCACGAGCCUCAGCGGCACCUGGAGCUCUUGGGCGAACUUUGCGCCCUCUGGAACAAAUACCUUCAACUCCCAGACCACCUUUAUCCUCGGAGUCGGCGACUCAGUAAUGUACAUGGGUGACCGCUGGGUCUCAUCGAACCUCAUGGCCUCAACAUACAUCUGGCUGCCUCUAACCCUCAGCGGAACCACAGCCUCACUGCAAAACGAAGUAAACUGGAUCCUCCCCCUCCAAGGCAGCUGGACCCCCGGCCCCGCCGAAACCAACCCCGAAGCCGAAUCCUCCACCAGCGUGCUUUCCAACGGCGCAAAAGUCAUCUCCUGCAGCGGCUGCUCUGGCAGCGAAGCCGUCGGCUGGAUCGGCGGGCCGUCGGACGGGACGCUGAAAAUUGUGGGGGUCCAGAGUAAUGCGUCGACGAGGAGCACGAUCCGCGUCAAGUAUGAGAAUGGGGAUUCGAGUCAGCGCUAUGCGACUGUUAGCGUCAAUGGGAAGACGCAGGUUCUGGCGUUUUUGCCGUCGGGGGGUACGCCUGCGUCGUCGACGUUGCAUGUUGAUCUGAAUAGUGGGAGUGGGAAUACGGUUACCUUUAGUGCGUAUGGACAGGGAUAUGGACCGGAUGUUGAUCGAUUGAUGGUUCCUGAUACGUAG